AUGUCCACGUGGAGGUCGAGGCUCACCCAGAGCUUAAAAUUUCCGUCUCGAAGGAUGCACUCCUUCCCAUGCUCAGCUCUGCUGGCUUGUUUUGGUAACACCAGGGAGAAUGCUGCCUUUGACCAGUCCAGCUCGACGGAUGCUCACGCCACCGUUUAUGUCCAGCCCAUGGCCAAAGCAGGCAGACAUCCAAGUGACCCUGAGGUGGAGGAGAGAGCUCCAGAGAAAAGGCGAGAUUCUAGCAUGCGCUCGGAGCGAAACGGCAGUGCUAGCGGCAGCCACGGCAAACACGCCGCUGUCCCGCCUGCGGAGAGCCACGAGGAUCUGCCCAGGUCCCUGAACGCCGAACCAGACUGCGAAGCGGUUACUUUCCAGACGUCCAUCCCUAGACCAUCAAUUAUUGACAUGCCAAAGGGAGAAGAAUUCCAUCAAGAGCCCCAGUGCCUUGAGCAGGAACAGAAGACGCUGUCAGACGGCCUGCUAGAGGAUACUGACCCCAAAGACUCCUGUCUCAUUCCGAGAAACAUCAUGGCUGAGCCAGACUAUAUAAAUGAUGACAAUCCUGAACUAAUUAGGCCCCAGAAGCUAAUCAAUCCUGUCAAAAUAUCCCGAAACCAUCAAGACCUCCACAGAGAGCUUCUUAUGAAUCAAAAAAGAGGUCUUGCCCCUCAGAAUAAACCAGAAUUGCAGAAGGUAAUGGAGAAGAGAAAACGAGAUCAAGUGAUAAAGCAGAAGGAGCAAGAAGCGCAGAGGAAGAAAUCCGACCUGGAAAUAGAACUAUUCAAGAGGCAGCAGAAGUUGGAGCAGCUUGAACUUGAGAAGCAGAAAUUGCAAGAAGAGCAAGAAAACGCCCCCGAGUUUGUGAAGGUGAAAGGCAAUCUCAGGAGAACAGGCCAGGAGGUGGUUCAGGCCCAGGAGUUCUAGGCCUGCCCAGGAUGCCUGUGACUGGCGCGUCCCACCAUCUCUGCAGGAGCCCUGUCUAGGUGCCUCUGCAGCACUCAUCUUGGGCCAAAGUCCUGAGGAAGAGAAUCCAUACAGCUGAGAAUUUUGACUAUCAUAAAAAGGAUUGGGUUUGGUUUGCCAUUGUGGUAGAUGAAUUGUCUUUGACAGUAUCUAUUCCCCUUCGCCAAAUGAAAGACAUCGACUCAAACGCAAGUCAUCAUGGACCCGUGUUUAGCCUUUAGACAAAGAAAAACGCAAAGCAAGCAAAGAGAACUAGGAACGGGGCACUGGAAUAUGCUUGAGGGUUGCACUACUCUGCUUUUCUUUCAUUCCAAAUUUAGUGGGACACAGCCUUGUUUCUUAAAAACUAAAGAAAUUGUGUGGAAUCCUUCCUUUGGUUAGCUGUUAGAUCAUUUUGAUUGCAUCAAAAUGCAUUUCAUCUGUUACAUCCAGUAUUUGUAUUUCAUUUUGAGAAGCCAGAAUUUUCUUGUUUGAUGUAUAUUUUUCCCGACAUUACAGAUUAAGAAUGGAGGAUGUCAACAUUUGCAAUUAACCAUACCUCUUAUCUUGGUUGACAUUGAAGUUCAGAAGCAGGAUAAGAAAUUAUAACAUGUCAACACCCAUCAUUAAACUUACUGUAAUUCUUUAGCUUCUUGGUAUGACAGUAUGCUACUUGUUGCCUUUCUACUUCCAAGAAGGUACAUCGUGUCAGUUCCCUUAUUGUUUUGAUAACCAUAGGCUUUCUGUUCAGUUUUAGUUUGUCAUUUCUUGCUCAAAACUACUAUUCCUUUUAGAUGAAGCAGUCCCUCAGUUCUUCGGAGGAUGAAACUAGAGGGUAUAGCUCAACGUCUGUGUCCCAUAUAGAGAUGCCGGAUCUUUUGAGUUCUCCUGAGAGCAGUGUAGAGGCGUGUCCGUUAGGACUGAGUGACAAGGUUUUUAGAUAGUAUAUGUGAUGCAAACAGAGAUCUGUUUCCAGGAGACUUUAGUGGAAGACUAUACCUUGUGCAUUUUGAGUAUCUUAGAUUUUACCUUUGAACAUUUCUGGUGAAUGGUCAUGAGUUUCCUCUUGCCUUUGUUUCUUGUGAAGAAUGACUGUUUUGAUGCUCUCUAAGCAUGAUGCUGUUGGUAGGGAUGGUCUUGACUACUAUGUUGCCUCUCUCAGGAAAAGCUGAGGUGCUGGGCAGGGCUGCUCAGCUUCCUUUUGUUAGCUAGCAUGCUGUUCAAAGAGACAUCUAACUUACAAAUGAUAUGAAAGUUCUCAUGCAAAUAUAUUUUAUACUGUAGGCAUGGGAGGGUUUUUUUUCUGUAUUUAGUAUUUCUCCACAGAGAUGAUUAACCAGUAAUUUCUACACUGAAGACUUCUAUUUCCUUUCAUGAGGCAUAGAAUGCUGGAUGUAGUGCUUUGGAAUCCAUGAUUAGCACACUAGAUGCUAGCUUCCUCUGGGAACACUUCAAUCUGGUAGUUAACAGGCCCAUGUUCUAGCCAAGCUUGAAUAAGAAGUAAAUGGAUGAUAAUUCACUGCUAGAUAGAGAAACAUGAGAGCUGAUUACAGCGGAAAUGGAUUUUUGGUCUUGUCAGCAAGUAUUAUCUAAAAUACAAGAUGCUGAAGAUAAAAUUGUUUGCCUUUGAAGAUUGGAAUGGAUGGUGACUACUUUUUCAUCUUCCUUCCUUUUGGGAAAAGAAAGUUCAUUCACUGAUUGUUGGGGGAAAAAAAUCUCCAAUGCACAUCGAUUAUUCUUUCUCUUUGUGCACACAGUAAAGAUGUCAGGUGGUAAGGUGACGAUUCAGGAUGAUUAUACCUUUUUAUCUAACUGGAAGUUAGCUCUUGAGAUGUUCUGCCACUUGACAGGAUCUUCAAGAGCCAUCAUCAGCUCCUAUGGAAGGGCUGAUGCUGUUCCUAAGACUAAGGAACUCAUAGACCACAGGGGAAAAGGUAACUACAAACAUGUUUUCUUCUUGAUUGCACUCAGACCUGCCAUCUUCCUUGGUGGUUAGUGCUCCAGUGCUCUAGGGUCUGGCCAAAAGAGGAUGUGUAAAUACUGAUGACUUCUGCUAGGUCUCAGAGCAUACAGGUGGUGGGGCUUUUAGGACUCUGCUCAGCUCAGGAGCCUGCAUUUUGAAAUGCCGUCACCCUUUCUUUGCACUUGAACACUGUAUAGUCCAAACCCCUAGGACAUAUCACCAUCUGAGAGCAGUGUUGUGCUUUGAGCCACUUAUAGGGAAAAAGAAAAGGCUCCAUUUUUCCACUCUGUAGUUUUCUUAAAAUAGUUCUGUGUUUUGUAGUCUCCUGCUAGUAAAGUAGUAUUGCUUUCUAAGCUAUAACAGUUGACUUUAUUCUUCUACUCCGAGAAUCUCAACCCGUUUGAGUGUACAUAAUAUAUAUAAAGGGAGCCUUAAUGGAUUUGUUUUCAUAAUUUAAUAUUUUUUGUAUUUGCUCUUGUAUAAUUGUUUUUUUAAUGGAAAGUAUUACAGAAUCAAGGGUGGAAUUCUUAGAACCAAAGUUAUUCUUAAUAAAAAUCACCAGUGCUUGGACCACA